CUCCCGCCGCCCGCAGCAGUUGCAUCUUCUAGACCGGCUGCUGGAGCUGGAGGGCGGGUUACGAGAUCCCCUGCAAAAUGGGAAGCAGAAUCACCUUCUUUGAGGUGGAAAUUCUUGACUGGAAGACAAAGCAACAGCUCUGCUUCCUGGAAAAGGUUGAGCCACACACUACAAUAAGUGAAAUCCGGAUGAUGUUCCACAAGAUGUAUCCUCAGUGGUAUCCAGCAAGACAAUCUAUAAGGCUUGACCCUAAAGGAAAAUCUCUGAAGAAUGAGGAAAUUCUCCAACUGCUCCCAGUUGGCACAACUGCUACUCUCUAUUUUAAAGAUCUAGGGCCGCAAAUUGGAUGGACCAUGGUAUUUCUGAUAGAAUAUACGGGCCCAUUGUUCAUCUAUUUUGUGUUUUAUUUCCGUAUGCCUUUUAUCUAUGGCCUGGAUGACAGAUUUACUUCGAGUCGACAUCCAGUAGUUAACUUGGCAUGUAUCUGCCAUUCUUUCCACUACAUCAAAAGGUUGAUUGAAACAAUAUUUGUUCAUCGGUUCUCCCAUGGGACUAUGCCACUGAGGAAUAUUGUUAAGAAUUGUUUCUAUUACUGGGGAUUUGCUGCCUGGCUUGCUUUUUAUAUCAAUCACCCUCUUUACACGCCACCAUAUUAUGGACAAAAACAAGUCAAUUUUGCUCUGAUCAUGUUCCUGACAUGUGAAGCCGGAAACUUUUCUAUCCAUGUUACACUUAGUAAUCUGAGAAGAGAUGGAUCCAAGACUUGUAAGAUCCCUUAUCCAACGAAGAAUCCUUUCACGUGGCUAUUUUAUUUUGUGUCAUGCCCUAAUUAUACCUAUGAGCUGGGAACAUGGAUUGGUUUUACUAUCAUGACUCAGUGCGUUCCAGUGGGACUGUUCACCUUGCUGUGUUUCAUUCAGAUGACAGUCUGGGCAAAGGACAAACACUACACUUAUAUACGAGAGUUCAAGGAUUACCCUAGUUUUAGAAUGUCAAUCAUUCCUUUCUUAUUGUAAGAACAAUAUUUUCCCCCUUCUGAAUUAUAAGCAGCAAAAUGGAUAGGUCUCUAAGAAGACUAUUGGCAAAGGAGCCAAGAUAUGAAGAUAAUUUAGGUUGACUAUUUCAGAUGCAUGUUAAUACUGUGCUACAACGAGAAAUUCUGGGGGCUCAAAAGCCACACUUCCCUUUCUGAUAUGCAGUUUUAGCAUUGACUCCUCUUUUUCAUCUUAUUGCCUUAAGGUUCAUGAAAAGUGUUCAGAUUUUAUUGCAGUUUGAUCAGCCAAGGUAACAGAUAGUAGAUGCUUUUGAUGCUUCUUUGGGUUAGACUCUGAGGCAACAAAAUCAUGAGAAUCUAUAUUGCAUCCAAAAGAGAAAACAAAGAAGGUUGCAUCAAGUAUAAGAUGCUUGCUGUAGUGAAUAGUAUAGGUCAUUUAUGGGAAAUCUCUAGCCUACAGGCCUAAUCUGGUUUUUGAGGCCAGCAUGUUACAGCCUGCAGGCGCCUUGGCCUUAAUCUAACCUACACUGAACCCUAUCCCAUCCCCCAAGGGCCCCUCCCACCACUGCCCUGCUAAUUGGAAGCACAUCCAGUGCAUGGCUUUCCCAGGGAAUGCCCACUAUAGACAGUUGAUCCAAGAGUUGCUUUUUGCUUAGCCCCAAAAUGGAGGACUUACAGCAGCUCCAGCUAGUAUGUCCCUUUACUGUAUUUUCCUUGAUUGGGAAAUGUGCAUGCUUGACAUAGGCAUCUGUUCAUAACCAUCAUGACGCCAAAGUGACUUAUCAAAAUAUGCAUUGUGAUAUCACAAUGCAAUCUCCACAUCUUCAUACUUGCAUAGUAACAUUCCACAAAAGUACACAGAGAAAGAGCAUACAUUGCAAAGCACAUUUCUUCACUCCUAUCCCACCCCCUAUGGACACCUAUAUAUGCUGGACAAUUACAAGAGCAACUCUCUGUUUUUCUUGGAGAAAACACACAGUGGAAAACUGUUCCAUGGGAUUUAUGACUCCCCUUAGUCCUGGAUGGAGAAUAGUAUUUUUCUCUGUUCUCUAAGGAGCAAAGUUUCUCUACUUUAAACUCCACAUUUAUUAUAAUCCAUUGGGCCAAAGAGAUUCAGCCCAGGACUGGAUCCAAUGCCCAACCUUGGAGUAGAUGAACACAAUACACAGAAAUAGAGUUGGACCACAAAGAGAAGAAACAGUCAAUACUCUAAGAAUAAUUAUCUGAUGCAGCCGUCGUGUGACCAUACCAAUCAGCCACUCAGAAUUGGUUAUGACUGAGGAAGCAAUUAAGCCUAGUAAAAUAAAUAGAUAUGUAAGUUUGUGUGGAGAUUGCAUAUACAAAUAUUCCCAAUACAGAUAGUCCUUGGGUUACAACAGCAAUUGGGACAGGAUUGUCAUUGCUGAGCGAUGCAGUUGUAAAGUG